CCUCCCUCCGUGACGUCAUGACAACAAAUAGUCUCGCCCAGCAUCACGAAGAAGAAGGACGUGUGGCUCUCCUCUCCUCCUCGUACAGUGCUAAUAUUUCAACAUGGAGGGCGCGAGGAGGCUGUUAAUAAGCGGUGGACUGUUCUUCUGCCUCCUGCACGCGGGGUCGGCCACACGGUGCACUCGCGAGAACUUCUUUGGGCAGACUGAGUACUUCUACUGCCCCGAGGACGGAGAUGCCUCGAAGCAGUACUGCUGUGGGUAUGGGGACAACAAGUACUGCUGCUCAACCAUCUCACAGAUCGACGAGGAGCUCCUGGACGACUUCAUAGAUAAAGUCCCCUCAGUCCCUGUGGCCCUGGCCCAGGUGCAGGCCCCGCCAGACCCGGUGGUGCCCCAAACCGUGCAGCAGCAGGAGGGGGUGAGCUCCUCUGUGGACCGCAUCAAGACCAAGUUGAACGGCACAGUGACUGCUGCCAAGGACAAGGUGAAGACCAAGAUCGGCGACACUGUGGUGGCGGCCAAGGACAAGGUCAAGGCCAAGGUCAAUGGCACAGUGGCGGCUGCCAAGGACAAGGCUAAACAGACGGUCAAAGACAAAGUCAAAGAGAAGGCCACCAAAAAGCUUGACCCGACGGGAGGGCACUUGCCGACAAUCUUGGGUGUGAUCGCUGCCAUCAUCCUGGGCUUCAUCGUGGUGUGUGUGGUGUGCUGCUGCCUCUGCCCCUUCUGCCUCAUCUACAAGAAGCGCAACCGGGGAACCGUGCACAACCCUAACCCGGAUGUGUCAGUGAUGCAGCCGCUCCAGAACCAGCCCCAGGGCUAUGCCCCACCGCCCCAAGGUGCCCCGUACCCCGCCCAGCCCGCCCUGUACCCUGCCCAGCCCGCCCCAUACCCCACCCAGCCCGGCUACCCGCCCCAGCCUUACCCACCCCAGCCGUACCCAGAUCAGCCGCCAAUGUACACGGAGAAACAGCCGCCCUACAACCCCACAUACUAGGGCGCACAUGGCCAUGGGGUGGGGUGGGGGGGUUGACAAGGCAUGCGUGUGUGAGUGAAUGUGUGUGUGUGUGUGUGUUCUUUAACCAUACUAGCAGGAGAGGGAUGUGGUGGGGUGUUCCAAGUGCUCUUCCAAAAUUUCUCCUCCGAAGUUUUUUUUAAGGAUAAGUUAUGUAGGGUCUGUCCGCUGAUUGGUACAGGUGCCUUUCCAAUCCGUACUCAUGUCGGAAAAGAUUGAUGUCGAUAGUCCAGUAGUUCAGAGUCAUGUGGUCCUUCUCUGCCCCCAUGCUCCUUCCUCUACUGAAACGGCAAGUCGGAAUUUAGGCAGAGAGGACAUCUUAAUCCCCUCAACACUGGACAAAUUCAUUUUCAUAUCUCAGUGCAGUGUCAGGUCCAUAUUCUUAGAGGUAUCAGGCUCCAAUUACUACUUUUUUCCAAGGCCACAGCGAAGAUUAACUGGGUCUUCAUGGGUGGUUAUCCAGUUCAGGGUGCAGAGGUCAUGUAAAACUGUCACUAGCAUCACAGAGCAGUCCAUGAAAAGCCCAACAACUUCUUCUACGAGAGCCUUUUCAAGCAGGUGAACUUAAGGGUCGAUACAUUUAAGAAUACGUAGUUUGAUCCUCCUCAAUCAAUAGACAAGUUUAUUUUCAUAUCUCAUUGCAAUUUCAUCUUAUCUGAACUCUACACACGUUCUUUUUCCCAUAUCACAUUUUAAUCUCCUCAAACACUCGACAAGUUUAUUUUACGUACCCUCGUACUUUUCCCGACAUGAGCACGCGUUGGACGGUGCAUGGUAGGAAUUCCUGGACCUACAGACUGGUGGUUUUCCAUGGCAGCUGACUUCCUGUGGGAUACGGCACUCCACUAACAAUGAUGGUGGUGACAGCCCUACGAUGUUGUGUUCGAAUCUCGUUUAGUCAUGUAACUUAAAAUGAUGCUUUAGUGGUUAUAAGUUUGAUCAAUGGCAGGUGUUUGGUUGUGUGUGUGAGCUUCAUUUUAGUGUUCAUGAUAGAGGCCACUGACAGCCCUGGACUUCAUCUACAAUUCUAGAUUCUAAAACGGCAAUUCUCACAUGUGUUUGUAUUGAUUUACGAUGUGUUGUGUUAUGUAUCUCGAGAGGGACAGUCAUGUAUCUUCCUUGUACUUCAUACCUUUAAAUCAGGCUAUUUUUUAUAUAAGAAUUUGUUUAUGAUGUGUUAUCAUGUAUCUCAAGAGGGACAGUCAUGUAUCUUCCCUAUACCUUAAAAUCUGGCUAUUUUUUUAAAUAAGAAUUUGUGGUACUUUAUCAUGUGUUCUGUGUGUAUCUUGUCAUAUGUAUCACAAAAUGGCCAGUCCUGUCAUCACACAUGUGGCUUGGCUCAUCAAAGUACAUCAGCAACAGUUCCCUGCUGCUGUACUGCCACAUGUGUUACAGAGCCUUGUUUGUACACCUUCCUGAGGAGUGUUACUUUGGCAUGACUCCGGCCAGGCACACCGAUCCACCUGGCUCUAGCCUCAGUGCUCCCUUUCUGCACAGUGCCACAUGGGGGUGAGGGGAGAUUGGAGAUGAGUUGCUAGAUGGGAGAUGCCAAACAGGGCCACUGAGUCCCUGCAAUGAGAUUAGAGUGAGGUGGAUCAAUUGUUUUGUGUGCAAGUGUACGUCAGGGUUCAUUGUUGCUGUGGUUCUGAUUUGAGCCUUGGUCGUGUUGAGAGUGAGGUGAGAGCAGUGAUAGAAUAUUAAGUGAGCGUUUGCUGUCUGGCUGGAGGUAGGUUGUCGUGGUGCUCUACUUUGUAAAGGAUUCUCAACCACCCUGUUCAUAUUAAGCCUGGAGUAACGAGCCAGCCAACACUGCAAUGCUUAUGCACAAGCCAGGGCUGCUGCACACCUCCACUCAGCCUCCCCGCCAGGCUGCUGCCCAGCCGUGUGGUCCCAGUGUGAUGACCACCCAGCUCUUGUUGAUUGUUAUACCACAAAACAUACUCACUACUCUUUACUGACCUAUUUAAGCUCUAAUCUAAACUGACUUGAGAUUACUACUUUAAUGUUGCAAAAUCCAUAUGUAUGUUCAUAUAUAUAUAUAUAUAUAUAUAUUAGCUUUACUCUCUUUUAUAACUAUUAUAAUAAAUAUUACGUGACAGUGAA